CUUGUAGCAUGAUCAUAGGCAGCAGGCGGUUCAUAAUUGCGGAUCCGACGGUUAUCAUCGGCAGGGAUCUCACCAGGUACGCGUGCUCGGCCUUUCGGACCUUGUUCCAUUACUGCAUUGUCUUCAUACUGGGACUGCUCUCAUAACAGCUGAUAGAGUCUGUCUGUCCGGAUGUCCUUCAGGUCUGGGUCAAUAGGUCUGCUACGGGCAGCUAGCUCCAGGAUCUGCACCGUACAAUGUGGGCAUACUCAAGUUUUUGGGCCUACAGCUCGGCUCUACACCACCCGUUCAAGUCUUUCUGUACCAAGCUCCCGAGCCUCAGCAGGCAGAUCCGGCUCUAUGACAGCGAUUUCACUCGAACGGAGACACUACGCAAGCAAGAGAGACAACUAUCCGCCCAAAGUGUCUCUAAAGAACAAUGUAGUCGAUGUUGAGCAUCGAGGUAGAUCCCUCAAACUCUCAGCAGCGUACCUACUCGAUCACUGUCGAUGUUCCAAAUGCUCUCACGCGAAGACGAAACAGAGAUUAAAAACACUAUCCGAGGUCGACCCAAACGUCUUCAUAUCCGAGCUCACGCCAUCCUCGGAUGGUAUAACUGUCCAGUGGCAUGGUCAAGAUGGACAUACUGCACUGUUCCCCUGGAGGUUUUGGGCCCGAUUGGUGGAAGCUCAAUCACCUCAGAUCAGCAGUAAGAUACUCUGGGAUAACAAGAUAGCGUCCAAGCCUCCGUCCAUAGAUUAUGAGAGGCUGAUGCCAUCUUCUGCUGGUGAGGAAGAGGCGGAAAAGGCGGUUUUGGAGUGGAUCAGCAAAGUGGACCAAUACGGCUUCUGCUUCGUCAAUGGAGUUCCAGCUACCCCAGAAGCCACGGAGGAACUCAUCAAUCGAAUAGGCACCAUUCGACAGACGCAUUAUGGGGGCUUUUGGGACUUCACAGCCGACAUGUCUCUGGGAGACUUGGCCUACAGUUCUCAACAAUUGCCAGCGCAUACCGAUUCGACCUACUUCACUGAUCCAUCCGGCUUGCAAAUCUUUCAUCUCUUGUCCCAUCCUCCGCCCGGAGAAGGAGGCCAUACAUUGCUCGUUGACGGGUUCAAAGCGGCUCUUCAGCUAGAACACGAUCAGCCAGGGAUGUAUCAGACUCUAUCGACCGUGCCUGUGCCUCACCAUGCUUCUGGAAACCAGGGGCUCAUGUACAGGACAUGUCGACCGGUUCUGACCGUUACGCAUGAAGAAGGAGACGAGAGCUUGGAAAUGGUGAGGUGGAAUAACGAAGAUCGAGGUGUAUUGGUUGAUAGAGAUGGAUGGGAUGAGGAAUCGACAGUGGAAGUCUGGUACGAAGCGGCGAGAGAGUUUGAGAGGAUAUUGCGGAGUAGAGAGAAUGAGUAUUGGGUGAAGUUGCAACCUGGGACAGUCUGUGUGAUUGACAAUUGGCGAGUGUUACAUGGUCGAUCAUCAUUCACGGGCUCAAGGCGAAUGUGCGGCGCAUACGUCGGAAGGGAUGAUUGGAGAUCCCGUCUGUGGACUUUGCAGAGACGGUUCAGCAAUACCCAAAAAGAUGACCUGUGGGACUUUGGAUGGUAGCUUAGUCCUCGGUCACUCGUCAUCAUCACCAGUCCAAUCAUUUCCUUUAGUCAUCAUGAUGCAUUAUCUAAGU